GAGUGGAUCUUUCUUUUUUCGGAUAGGAGGAGCAGAUCUUUCGUUCUUCUUCGGAUAGGAGAAGCGGAGCGAUCUUUCUUUCUUCAGAUAGGAGAUAAGUCUUCUUUGGGGGAUCGGAUCUUUCUUUCUUUUUCAGAUAGGAGGAGUGGAUCUUUCGUUCUUCUUCAGAUAGGAG